AUGCUGGAAAUGAACCCAGACAUUUUGCCUACCCCUCUGCAAGACGUGCCCCCGCCCUGCCCGGUUGCCCGUGUCUCGCAGGUGACGGUGCGGGACGCGCUGAACCAGGCGCUGGAUGAGGAGCUGGAACGGGACGAGCGCGUCUUCCUGCUGGGCGAGGAGGUGGCCCAGUACGAUGGUGCCUACAAGAUCUCCAGGGGUCUUUGGAAGAAAUACGGGGAUAAGAGAGUGAUCGACACCCCGAUAUCAGAGAUGGGAUUCGCAGGAAUCGCUGUUGGUGCUGCUAUGGCAGGGUUGAGACCAGUGUGUGAAUUCAUGACGUUCAACUUUUCCAUGCAAGCAAUCGAUCAGGUUAUAAACUCCGCUGCCAAGACCUGUUACAUGUCUGCAGGAUCAAUUGCUGUUCCCAUUGUCUUCCGGGGCCCCAACGGGGCAUCAGCUGGAGUCGCCGCUCAGCACUCGCAGUGCUUCGCUGCUUGGUAUGGGCACUGCCCAGGACUGAAAGUUGUUAGUCCUUGGAGCUCAGAAGAUGCCAAAGGCCUGCUGAAAGCAUCAAUCCGGGACGAUAAUCCAGUUGUGAUGCUGGAGAAUGAAUUACUGUAUGGUGUUCCCUUUGAAAUGUCUGAACAGGCACAGUCAAAGGAUUUCAUUGUUCCAAUUGGAAAAGCUAAAAUAGAAAGACAAGGAACUCAUGUUACAUUAGUGUCACACUCAAGACCUGUCGGACACUGUUUGGAAGCAGCUGCUGUACUUGCCAAAGAAGGUGUAGAGUGUGAGGUUAUAAAUCUGCGUACCAUUCGACCAAUGGAUAUUGAAGCGGUGGAAGCCAGCGUUGUAAAGACAAAUCAUCUUGUAACUGUAGAAGGAGGUUGGCCGCAAUUUGGAGUAGGAGCUGAAAUCUGUGCCAGGAUCAUGGAAGGAUCUGCCUUUAACUACUUGGACGCUCCAGCCGUGCGUGUUACUGGUGCAGAUGUUCCUAUGCCUUAUGCAAAAAUUUUAGAAGAUAACUGCAUACCUCAAGUGAAGGAUAUAAUAUUUGCAGUGAAGAAGACUUUGAAUAUCUAAGUUGUAAAUACACAUUUUAAAGUCCUGCUUUACAAAGUAUCAAUGGUGUUGGGCAAGUUGUAUGCAUUACUUCUGUUGUAUAGCUACAUGGAACUUUUGUACAGUGGGGAAAGUAUGGUUACCUCCCAGAAUAUUUAUAUGGGCUUACCCUCUAAGCCACACUUCGUAUAAGCAACAAUGUGGUAAUGCUUGUUUGUUACACAGUGCAGGUGGGUUAGUGCUACUGUACAUGGAGAAAUCCUAUUCUAAAU